AUGUCGACAAGUGAUUACCAAUCCUGGCUCCAGUUAACUGAAGACCGUGAAUACCGCACUGCACACCCCCAUGCAAAAGUCCUACAGCAACUAUUCUCAAACACGAUUGAUUCAACCACCGCAGUCAAAGAACUGAGCUUGCUCGACUUUAUAAAUGAGAAUACGCCGUGGGCUCUCUGGGGGCUAAUCUAUGAGGCCGCUGCCGACUUUCCUUCAAGCCAUUCCUUAUUGCUGGCCCUUUUGAUUGAAGCUGAAAAGCUCGAUUCAAAGCUACCUGAGUCAGUCCUUCAAGAUAUACCGCGGGAAUGGUCAGGCUGCUUUGGGAGUAUGUGGCGCGACAAAUGGGAUAUAAUCUCACCUCAUGCAUUAUCCGGAUGGACAGUGUCCGCAUCCAAGUCAGUCACUAGAUGGAUCAAUAUGAAUACCUUCUCAGCAAGGCUGCUAGCUACAACUUCUUUUAGUCGAGGCGCAAAGCUUCGUCCUUUGGGCUUGAGUUUAUUGACAAAGUGUUUAGAGGCGGACCCGAUGAAGUACAAAGAGGGAAGACGCCAGGCACAGUCCGGGCUUCAGAGACACUCACCGUGGUACAAAAUGGAUGUAUCAGAAUUAUUGGCAGCCGAUGUAUGCGCCGCUGCACAAUGGAUCAUCUACGCUGGAGUGUUGAUGUGGAAGGAUGAUCGACCUGAUAGUCCUGAGUACAUUCAGAGAGUUCUACCAGGUAAAACAGACCUUUGGGAUGGAAGCCACGGAUUUACGGAGGGACGAUGGCGGCUGUGGAAGGAGCGGUUCUUGUUUAUGGCGGAAUACGAGGAUAUCAGCCCUGAUGCCCAGCAAGUUGCACGGAAGGCAGGGCAGAUAAUGGGCGAAUUUCUUUGA